AUGACCUACAGCUUCCAGAGCCAGACGGAGUCACUCUCAAUCACAAGUCCCGAGAUCGAGAGGAAGACCUCCCUCCCCAGCCAGGCUAGGCCCUGCAGUCAGAGUCCCCAGCUGCUGGGCCUCCCCCAGGUCACAAGUGAGUCAAUGUUAGAGCGAUUCACAGGCCUCACAAAGAACCUCUCAACAAACACAACCUCACAAAGAACCUCUCAACAAACAACCUCACAAGAACCUCUCAACAAACACAGCCUCACAAAGAACCUCUCAUCACAAAGAACCUCUCAACAAACACAGCCUCUGAACCUCUCAACAAACACAGCCUCACAAAGAACCUCUCAACAAACACAGCCUCACAAGAACCUCUCAACAAACACAGCCUCCCCUCCACACAAGAACCCAUCAACAAACACAGCCUCCAAACACUCUCUCAACAAACACAGCCUCACAAGACCUCAACAAACACAGCCUCUGAAAGAACCCAUCAACAAACACAGCCUCACACAAGAACCAUCAACAAACACAGCCUCACACAGAAUCAUCCAACAAACACAGCCUCACACAGAACCCAUCCUUCAAACCAGCCUCACAGAACCUCUCAACAAACACAACCUCACAAAGAACCUCUCAACAAACACAGCCUCACAAAGAACCUCUCAACAAACACAACCUCACAAAGAACCUCUCAACAAACACAACCUCACAAAGAACCUCUCAACAAACACAGCCUCACAAAGAACCUCUCAACAAACACAGCCUCACAAAGAACCUCUCAACAAACACAACCUCACAAAGAACCUCUCAACAAACACAACCUCACAAAGAACCUCUCAACAAACACAGCCUCACAAAGAACCUCUCAACAAACACAGCCUCACAAAGAACCUCUCAACAAACACAGCCUCACAAAGAACCUCUCAACAAACACAGCCUCACAAAGAACCUCUCAACAAACACAGCCUCACAAAGAACCUCUCAACAAAGACUUCAUGA